CAGUUCAGACAGUUAAUAGUAUGACAACAGAAAUUUGUGACUGUAAAGAUUAGCAUGAAUAUUAAAGACUGUCUCUGUGGACCACUUACACUACUAGCUUGUUAAAUGAAGCCUCGACAUCAUGUCUUCCGACAGCGACCUGUGUCACAACAACAGGGUAGAGCAAAGACAAGAAUCUGUCUACGUCACGUGCACUACACAACACAUGCGCGCGCACUAAUUAGUCGUUUAAGUUUUGUGUGUUAAUCGCUGCCUGGUUUUUGCGUUCUCGUACGUCAGCACAACAAUAAAGAACGAAGAAAUAACCCGCCUGGUAGACAGCAUCAACCGUCACGGGUGUCAAAAUUUGUCCUGAGUUCCGGCGAGCAGAGUCAACGAGUCCCAUCCGGAGAGCAGUGUUAAUAUUCUAGAACACUGGCUACAGACACUGCCUCCCACUGAUGUGAUGUUGUUAAAGGGAGACCACUGUCAGCAAUGUCCAGUCAUCCGUCAUCUGCUACACAACAGGUUGUGACCUUAGCGGAAGCCCAGAGAUUCUGGCUCCAGUGGGUUGAGGCCUCGUUCCCUGAUCUCGACUCACGCGCCUACUUCCUGCCUCCUGUCUACUUCAACCGCGUGCCCUUGACUAGAGAGUCGGUUGGUGGUCAGGAUGUUCUGGUCCUUCUACCAGCACCUGGACAGGCCGGUCAGUCCAACCAACAGGCGAUGGCUUCAUCUGCUGCUGCUCAGGCUCCUAGUCCUCAGCCUCCUCGAGUUCAGGACAGUGAUGUCAGAGACGAUGCCGCCAUGCAGCGAGUUCUCAAGUGUCUGCAGAAAAUGUCUGAACAGAAUAAAGAAGUUUUGGUAGGACUUAGUCAGCUGAAGUUUGAACAAUGUUUAGGUGAACCUUGUUACUCAGCCGUGGCUGGCCAGCUUCCCGUAGCCGACAAUCUUCCGUCGUCAUUUCCAAAAAAUUGGAAACGAGGAGACUUUGAUGUGCUUCUUAUUCACCGACAUCACGGGUUUGUCGUCUGUGAAGUAAAAUCGUUUGGUCACAAUAUACAUGAACUUAAAAUGUCACAGCAGGAAAUAGACAACAACAUUAGAAAGAAACUGAGAGACGCCGUGUCACAGCUGGACAAGGCGGAGGCCAUGUUGUCUCACCUGGUGUCCGACAUCGCUCCCGGUCUGCGCAUCACUAAGACCAUCGCCUUCCCCAACCUCAAGGCUCGUCAAGUACAACAAGCCAUCUCCGGCGACACCCGAAUGUCUCAAGUAGGAAUCUAUUUCACAUCAUCAAAGUAUUGGAGGUGGUCUUCAUUUUACUUUAUAGCAGAGCAGAUUAGAGUGUAA